CGAAACGCGCAGGCCUUGACAUCGCAGAGACUAUACUAACAUCGCUAGAAAACAACCACGCAUUAAGCAGAACCAUUCUGCCCGAACUUCUCACAUUGAUAGCAAAAACUAACGAAAGUGAAACUAAAACUGUAUUCAAAAUAGCUAUUAAAGCUUUUGUAGACAAAAAACAACUUUUCGACAGAGAUACAGUCAGAAAAACUGUAGUUAACCUUUUGGUUAACGUAUUAAAAAACAAUUUAUCAGAUGUCAAAGUAUAUAAAGAUACUGUAAAAAUGACAAUAGAAUUUAUAAAGAAUUUACGUGAUGUCAAAUUGGAAGAAUUGUUAGAUGUUGUGUUUGACAGUAAUUAUGUCAGUGUCAAAUCGCUAUACGUGGUGGCAGUUAUGAAACGUCAGUUUGAUUUUGACAGUGACACGUCAAGGAAGGUUUCAGGAAGGGACAAUAGUGUAUUAAUAAAUUGUUUGAUGGGAGUGAUUAUUGAUCAAAAUGAUGUCUUUAAAAUGGAAGUAGUUUUGAAGUUUUUAGAAGAAUUUUCUGAAGAAAUUUUGGAGAUGAAAUAUAUGGAAGCAAUACACUUCAUAUCAGAAAUAAUCAAAAACCUGACACCAGCGCUACUGAAAGAAUUGCGUAAAAGCAUCAAACUAUGUUUUACAUCUGUAAAAAAACAAUGGAAAAACACGCCAAAGACAAUAAUCACUAGCAUCCAAUCCUGGCUGAAUAUGAUUCCAAUUAAAAAAAUUACCGAAUCCAUAGAGCAGGAACUCUUUACCAACGAACAUCACUUACACAUACAAGCUUUUAUCACGAUGUCAAACAUAUUUGACUUGUCAGAACUCAUUUUAUCAGAUGUCAGAGUUCCGAUGUCAAAAUGGCCGAAAAUAUUACUGAAAUUAUACACAUCGGGUAGAUUAGAACAAUAUUUCUACGAAGAAAUGUCAUAUUUUAUUGACAUGUUAAUUGUCAGUUUAAAGUUUUUGACAUUGGAGGAUGUGAUGAAGAUUUUGAAAAGCGAUUUGCCUAAAAAUGGAAUUUCGUUUGGGGCGUUUUUUGUUGAAGGAUUUUUUGAGGUGUUAACUGAAAAGCCUUUUAUAUUAUUGGAAGAUGAAAUGAAUGAAUGUAGUGUUAUUUUAAAUGAUAUAGUAAGGAUGGCUGUGAAGAAAAGUUUUAAAAAACAAUAUGAAAAUGUUCUGGAACUGGUGGAUAAGCUCUGGCCGAUAUACGAAACACACGCCACCUUCGUCCAAAAGCACUGUCUACUAGCCAACCUGCAGUGCCUGGGACCGAGGCCGGACUCGAACCCGCUACAGUGGGCUACGCGGGUCGUAUGCUCGCAAGCGUCGCUCGAUGAACGGGCGAAACUCUUGUGUUUAUUACCGGAGGAGGCGUUUAACCUACCAGAAGUGAAGUCCUCAGUGGCAUCAUUAUUCCCGGCUCGUUUAAGAGAGCUUCGGCCCGCGCUGUUAGAAGCGACAGCAAUGCGGCCUGAUGCCUUACUGCCGACCAUCGCUGCUCUUGCUGGCAACGACAUGAGUACCGGAUGGUGGGACACCGCCUUAGAAACCUGCGUGGCCGCUGCAGCCAAACGGAACAAUCUCGAACUAUGUAGAACGCUGUUCCACAAAUGUCAACCCGAGAGGGCCUGCGAACGCGUCUUAGUGCCAUUACUGAGACACUCGUCAACGGACACAUGCGAGAGAUUCCUAGCGUCAAUCCUAGACCGGAUCCUGGGUAAUCUAAAGAAGAGACCCAAAGGCGACCCGACGCAUCCUAGCUACAAAAAAAGUUGGGAGGAAUACUUGGUCAGCCUGUGUUUGUUGCUGGUCGCGUUUGAAAAGCUACCAACGUCAUCUUUAGAAUCGCCAGCAUCAGUUCUAUACAGUGCGACUACUAAUGCUACACCCUGGCACCUAGUGAGGGAAACAUGCAAACUAUGCCAUCACCUUAGGGAUAAUUUACACUGUCCCUUACCAGAUGAUCAACUUUAUACUAUGUACAGAAAGCUCCAAUGCCUUAUCUACAACGUGAUGUGUGCUGCGAUCUGUCGACGGCGUCCGCCGGCGCCUCUCUACGAGCAACUACUAAGUACAGACGCUUUGCAGAAAAUAGUUGAUGACAAGGAGGAAUAUAUACUACCUAUUCGUAAUAGCUGGAUGCAACGCACCAAAUCUAUCGCAGUAGCGGUCCCUCUCGAGCCCAACAUGCUAUCUCGCUCACACACGCAGCGUUCGCGCAUCUUCCUUCGCACUCUCUCUGAAGACCCCAUGCUCUUCGAUUUGCACUCCAGUGAGGAGGAACAAUUGGAAGUACAAGACAUAUCCCUCUUGGAAACGCCACUGAAUUCUCACGCUUGCGCCGCGACGCUGACGGCGUUACUGCAUCACGCGGCUGGCGUGUCGACGCUGGCGUCACUGUGGCGUUGCCUGGCGUCUUUACUGGCCGGGACUUCUGGAAAUAACCUUAAAUGGCUGCUAGCUCAGGUGAUCUGCAACUGUAAAGAGGAGCUGAAGCCACACGCUAGUGUCCUGCUCCCGGGUUUGCUCGCGGUACUCGCCUCCGUGGAAAAUGGGAAGUGUAUGAACGGGCUGCAUUUGGAUGUUGUCGAUACCAUACUCUCCUGGAAAGAACCCAUCACCAGCGACCUGAACAUCAUCACCCAUCUCCUCAUCACCACGUGCAUGGAGAACCGAAGGAGGACCGUGUUCGACGGCUUGCUUAGGACUCUGCAAGGGUGGCUAGAGUUGUAUGGGAGUGUACGAGUUGAGUGGAAGACCUUUGAGACGUAUUAUGAAGAUCCACACCACGACACACAAAAAGCUUUAUUCAAAAUAAUUAAAACCAUAUCAAAAACUACAUACAUACCAACACUUUUAUCCAAAAUCGUGUCAAAACUCGACUCGGAUCACGUUCCCGAAUGCUUCGGUCUGGCGAUGGCGUGUGGCGUUCCUGCUGAAAAGGGCCCGGCGCUGGGCGAGUUUAGGAAGUAUCUGGAGAAGUGCAGUGUUAUCACGAGUUAUGUGCGCGUGCUGUAUUAUGCCAGCCUGGGCUGUGCAGAGUGCUGUGGCGAACAAGAAUUUAGAAAAAUAGCGGACUACGUAACGAAAGUGACCUCUGCAGACCGUUCUAAAUGUCUCCACAUACUGUCAAGUUACCUGUCAAGAGGCCGCCGCAGUGAAUACAUAGUUGACAUGUUUGACACCAUAGAUCUGCCUCACAUGAUCGACAAGGACCCGAAAGCACUUCUGCUGGUGAAACAAGGGCUACCUUUAAUGGACGAGACGAUGAAAAGACGGUGCGUUUCUCAGAUCGCAGCAUUAAAACCAGCCACUGCCAAAGGUAGAAAACUCGUCGUUGAAGUCAUGCAGAAGGCUUAUGAAGAUCUCUUCGCCUCACCAUCGCAGCCACCAGCCAAACGCCAAAAAUCCGACUCCACCCCCAUUCUCACCAGCAAUGAUACAUACACCAACAGUAUCCUAACAUGUCUCGGAGUGUAUUCUGUAGAUGUCGACACUGAGGUGGCUGCGGCGGCUAGGGACGCGUUAGGGGCACAUUUGGACAAGGAGUUAGGGGCAAGAUUUGCAGAAUGCUUCCUCCUGUCUGUAUACUUGCCCGCACACACAGACAACCCGCCAGACUUGUGUGUGUGCGUGUCUGCGCUACUGGAGAUGUUGUUGGGCGGGGUGAGGGGCGCGGAGGGGUUUAAGGAGACACGGUUGAGAGAGGAACCUCUACCGGUCAGGGAGGAACCAGAUUGUAGAUUGCUGACGCUCAGCAGAACGUUCCAAGGCACGUUUGGGAGCUACAGCGCUAGAGGCAGAACAAGAACACGAGGUAGUCCCAGUACUAACAGAUCAGAUGCCAAUAAUUCAGCGAUCGACGUUCAAAUAUCGAUCGAUAGUAUACUGCAAACGCUCCUAGAUUUUGCCAAGACAUCGACAGAAGCCGCUCGCUCCCUACUCACAGAUAUACUACGAUCAGUUCUCUCAAACACCAAGUUUGACGUGAAAUCUACGCUAGUCCCACUGUUGGGCACAUUGCUGGGCCGAGAGCCCACGGACCUGACGCCAGUAUACAUUGAUGUCUGUAGAGUUUUAGAAGGAAAAGUGGGUCUGUUGGUGCCAGUGGAAAGACUCCGAGCGCUUACAGCAGGGUCAGAAGGCGCUGCUCUCACAAGACUGUUAUAUGAAGAGGUGGCUAUGAGGUGUAUAGGAGACGAAAUGUUCCAACUGGGACAGCCAGAAAACAACCAAGAUGUGGUUAUGAACGAGAUAACGACGUUCUGCAUUGAAGAUCUGAAGCAUGCUUUUGGGAAGCUAUCCAACUGGGAUGAUCUGACCCUGCAACAGCGGAAUUCUGUCAGGAACUCCUUACCUCCGCUCUGGACGGAAAGAAGGGAGUUUGUCACUCAACUAGACUCCUAUCAAGUGCCUCAAACCGCAGGGAAUUGGUUCGACAAAAUGGUCGCCUCGUUUAAACAACAACCUGUCAACUCUUGGCGUUGGUUGAGGAAAGCUGAGCAGUGGCCAAGAAGACACUUCGAGAUAUCUGCCAUAACCGAGGCGUUGUCAUGGCAACACGACCCAUCUGAAAUGAUGCCCUCACAACUCUUCAAGACAUCAGACUGCCUCGCGGAAUGCGCGGCCAGACUCUUGAUCAGAUCGACAUAUUACAACUCGAUCCAACUCAGCCCAACAGACGACAAAACGAGCCAGCUGUCUCGCUCGCACGAGUUGAGAUGGUGCAUGAGAGCAAACGAGAUGGGCAUACCGAACGUUGCGCUACAAUGUGUAGAAAGAAAUGUAGAAGAUCUUAACAAGUUCGAGACACUGUCGUGGUUGAGACAGAAGCUACUAGCGCUGCGACAGACAGCGCUAGAGCGGGAAAACUCGGAACUUUUGCGGGACGUACUGAAGAAAGCAGAAAAGUAUACCCCGCAGUUUUCAAACGACCCCUCAGUGAGUAUAGAGAUGUACCAUCUGAUGUUACUGCUGCGUAAAGAUUUAAAAUGUCUUCAGCAGCACGAUUUGCAGUCAAUACUGACAGCGGUGGAUCGGUCGUCCUCACAGGUUGACUGGAGUACGUGCUCCAAAGAAGCUGUAAGCUCGGUGUUCGAAAUAGCUAUGGGACAUUAUGAUGAAGUUUUGGAGACGGGUUUAAUAAAUACAGAAAACGCUAUAUCAAACAUGUCCAAAGUGAUAACCCGCGCGGCCGCUCUCAACACACCCAGAAUCGACUUGUUGUUAGCUGUUUUUUUGAACAGGCUGAACAAGUUACAAGGACAACUAGACAGUGUUAAGAUCAUACAGGAUCUACUUGAUAAGCUGGCCCCUGUACUGCCCACACUAGACGCGUUUUCUCUCGAACUAUUAGAGAAGAAUGCUUAUAAAUUACCAUCGGAGGUCCAUCGGACCUUAGCCAGUAUGCUGCCUAAGGACGCCAGCGUCGAGAAAUACAGGAGGUGCCUUCAGUUGGUCUGCGAUCCAAAUCACUUGCUAGUACACUAUUGUGAGGAGUUAGUGAUGGGUUUGAGAGACAAAGAUGUCGGUCGUUGGAAGAGUACAUUAGACAGAAUGAGAGAGAAGAUAUUCGAGAACCCGUACGCUGGUCCGAGUUACAAGCUGCUAGAUAAAUAUAAGGACGAUUUGUAUGGAAUGUAUGAAUUUGAUUCUACAUCAGAAUUCGCUUCUCGCGCUGAAGACAAGCUGAAAUCCAUCGUCAUGUCCGUUAGAAGAGAACCUCAGUCAACCCUUAGACUGUCGGACCUUUGCCCAACGCUGCUCAAACCUCUGGACGAGGGGGUUGAGAGGUGGCUCGGCCUGCGAGGGGUUAAAGUUAUCAAGUUUUAUGAUAAGGUCCAAGUAUUCACCGAUUCCAUUCGUCGUCCCGUCGUCUUAUCCAUGUUGCUGUCGUGUGGCCGCACACACCGCGUCAUUCAGAAGACAGGGGAGCGACUCGCGAGCGACGCCGCGUCUCAACGCGUCGCUAGCGUGAUGUCCAGUGGACACAGUUAUAGUGUGACGCUCCUAGAUGAAGAGAGUGCCCUAAUCGAGUUCCUAGAAGGCCAUGAGCGAUUGAGGACUAUGAUUGCUACCGCUUGUAACUUGGAAGUGCUACAUACAGUAAGUCGUCCAACCGAUGGUCUCCUCAUAGAAUCGCCGGCAGCGUGCUUGCAGGCUCACGAGCAACUCUGCGCUAAAGUUCCUGCAAAUGCACUAAGGUCUGCUAUGGAACAGAGCAGCUCCUGCGUACAAGAUUUUAUCUGGAGGAAACGAAAUUAUACAGACUCGCUGGCUGACAUGACUCUUCUCACGUGGCUGUUGGGUCUGGGCGACCGUCAUCUCCAGAAUAUAAUGUGUUCUCGUGACGGCUCGGUGCGGGCUGUGGACUUUGGAGAUGUGUGGCGGCAUUCUGAACUGCCCGCCAGGCUGACUAGGAACUUGCUGGCAGUUGCAGACAUACCAGUGCUGGAAGCUCGUUUGCAGUCAUCGCUUGGAGCCAUGCGGGGUUCGGUCAUAUUGCUUGAAGCCACCAUUCGUGUCGCGUUCCAUUGGAUGCCAGAUAUUGACGAUCAGGUGCGUCAAGUACGCGGCAUCCUUCGCGGUGAAAUGUCAUCGUACGACAUUAGUCGUCACGUCACGGACCGAUCCCAACUCAAAUAUAAAGACAAGUACUUACAAAUCUUGGAUCGGACGCUCGGAGACUCUCAUAGAGAGCUGUAUACCGUUGAAGAACAGAUCUCCUGUUUGCUGCGGCACUGCACUUCUCCGGAAUUACUAAGCGUGGUCCGUGCCGGCUGGGAGCCAUGGGUCUAAUUUAAAAUUAAAAUUAUG